AUGGAGAACAAAGAUAUCGUUGGGCAAAUUCUGGAUUUCGUACCGACAAUCAACUUUGACGUGACAUCCACCGAAGUGUCGGUUUUCGAAACAACCAUCCGAUAUCUGGGUGGUCUGCUGUCAGGACACGACAUGCUGAAGGGCGUUCUGAGGGACGUUGCUUCCAACUCAGCAGGUGUGGAUGCGCUGCUUACCCAGGCGAAGAAACUUGCGGACAACCUCAAGGUGGCAUUUGAUACCCCGUCCGGAGUUCCAGACAACAUUCUUGUCUACGAUCCGAAGCCUCGCAAGAACGGUUCUAGCACCAACGGCAUUGCGACCAUCGGAACACUCGUCCUAGAGUGGACUCGGCUUAGCGAUCUUACAGGCGACACACAAUACGCCAACCUGUCUCAGCGCGGCGAGGACUAUCUGCUGAAGCCCAAUGAAGAGGUGUUUCCUGGUCUGCUAGGCACGGAUGUCUUCAUCUCCAAUGGAACAUUCGCUGAUCGUAGUGGAGGUUGGAAUGGUGGCACCGACAGCUUCUACGAAUAUCUCAUCAAGAUGUGGGUGUAUGACCAAAAGCGCUUCUCUCUUUACAAGGACCGCUGGAUUGCCGCCGCCGACUCUUCAAUCAAGUUUUUAGCUUCGAACCCGUCAACGCGUCCUGACUUGACGUUCUUGGCUGCCUACACCAACGCCCAGCUGAGGUUUGUUUCGACACACUUGGCAUGCUUUGAUGGAGGCAACUUCAUUUUGGGAGGUCUCGUUCUCAAAGAACAGAAGUACGUCGAUUUCGGUAUCAAGCUCACAGAGGCUUGCCGUGAGACGUACAAGCAGACGGCCACCCGCAUCGGACCUGAAGUCUUCCGUUGGUUUGAGGACAAGCCCGGCAUUAACACCACCUUGAACCCGCAACCACCCGCCAACGACACGGAGUUUUACAACCGAGCCGGAUUUUGGAUUAGGAGUGAUGGUGGUUCGUAUGUGCUUCGACCAGAAGUCAUUGAGAGCUACUACUACGCCUACCGCGCUACUGGAGAUUCCAAGUAUCAGGACUGGGCCUGGGACGCUUUCCUUGCCAUCAACAAGACUUGCAGCGCCGGCAGCGGUUUCUCAUCCAUUACGAAUGUGAACGAUCCCAAGGGAGGGUCCUUCGAUGACUUCCAGGAGAGCUUCUGGUUUGCAGAGGUAAUGAAGUACAGCUACUUGAUCCAAGCUACUGACGCGAAAGUGCAGGUAGAUGUGGCGGACAACAAGUUCGUGUUCAACACGGAGGCCCAUCCGUUCUCUGUGGCUUAG